CCGCAACAGAUCCCAUUCCCCUGCACCACCUCCAAUUGAACACCGGUCAACAUGUCGGCCCCUUCAAAGUUUCAGACCCUUGGUACGGUGGUUGUCGUCGGUGGCUGUGGGUUCCUCGGCAGCCACAUUGUGAGCUACAUCGUCCAACGCCAUCCUCAGACCCAGAUCGCAGUGCUCGACCUGCGCACCAAUUCGAACCGUCACGCGAGCAGCACCGUCUCCUAUCACGAUGGCGACAUCACCGACCUCGCAGCGAUGCAGGAGUUCUUCACCAGAACUAAGCCGGAUGCCGUCAUUCAUACAGCAUCACCCCACUUCAACCUGCCACCUGCGGUCCACGACAAGGUCAAUGUCCAGGGUACCAAGAACCUGCUGAAGGCGUCGCAAGAUGCUGGAGUCAAGGCUUUUGUUUACACCAGCUCUGCUAGUGUCGUUUUUGGGGGAACUACAGAGCUUGUCAACGCGAACGAAGAGUGGCCGUUGGUGACUGGCGAUGCUCAGCCAGAGUACUACACUACUACCAAGGCCUUCGCUGAGACAUACGUCCUCGAAGCGAACCGCAAGCCCGAGAACUUCCUCACCUGCGCCAUCCGCCCCGCAGGCAUCUUUGGCGAAGGCGACGUACAGCUUCUUCCUAAGAUAGUCCAGGCCUUCAAAGAUGGAAAGACCAAGUUCCAGGUCGGCGACAACGACAACCUCUUCGACUUCACAUACGUUGAGAACGUAGCAUACGGACACGUCUUAGCAGUACUCGCUCUGCUCACCACACAAAAGAUGGGAACUAUCCCUAUUGACACUGAGCGCGUUGACGGCGAGGCUUUCUUCAUCACAAAUGGCGAGCCGGUCUACUUUUGGGACUUUGCGCGCGCAGUGUGGCACGAGGCCGGUGACCGUCUUCCUCUGAAGUCGGUAUGGCAUUUGGACGCUGGGUUCGCCAGCACGAUUGGCUUUUUCUCGGAGUGGGCCAUGUGGCUGAUUGGCAAGACACCCAACUUGACAAGGGCGCAAGUCAGGUACAGCACGCUGAAGAAGUACCACAGCAUUGCGAAGGCAAGGAGCAGGCUUGGCUACCAGCCAAUUGUCAGCCUGGACGAGGGCGUGAGGAGGGGAGUGAGGUACAUCCUCGAGCAGGAUGAAAAAGCAGGCCAGAAGAAGGGACAGUAAAUACGACACGAUGGACUUUGCGACUGAGGCCAGCGCAUCGCAUUAUGGAUAGUGUAAUCUAAUAUACCCUCUGAUAUGAACGCAACAUCAUCUGGCAUGCAAAGGACACGGAUAGGUAGUCUUCCGCACGCAGCUAGACGCAGAUCAAAGCACAGACAACGGUACCGUACCUGAA